AUGAGUUUUUAAGGUUUUUUAGUGAAGAAAACAAUUUAACAGUUUCCAAUUCGAUAGAGACCUGUAUAUUACGAGGACUACACAGAUUAAAACCUAGUACUCUUCAUUAAUAAGAAAUUGGCUGAUUUAAGAUUUAAAAGUGGCAGCAACGAUCUAUCGGCAAAGCGCAUCAUGAAUUUAAAGAUUAAGAUUCCUAAGGAUAAAAAUACUGAUGGUCCAAAGAUGAAGAGGAAGGCUUCUCUUAAAUAAAAAACCGUCUCUGAAGAUGAGUCAGAAAAGAAAACUAAGUACAAAUUCCGAUCUCCAUAAGCAAAACCUGAAGUAAAACUUGCUUCAUAACUAAAUGAUGAAUUGCUUAAAUAACAUUAAAUCUCAUAGUUAUUCCAAGAGUACAAACUAGCAAAUUUGAAGGCAAAUCUAGUGAGAUUGAAAUCAAAGAAAAAUUAUGAAUUGAACGAAUUGAAUCAUAUAGAAUUGGAAGAUGAUGAACAAGUCAAGUUCUUUCUGUAGGAGAUAUGCAAGAAUCAUCCUGAAAUUGAAGUUAGUCAAUUACUACAAGUAGAUGUUGAAAAGAAGUAAAUAAAAAUGGAGAGUCAGAAAUAAACAUUGCAAGAAUUAAUUGAGAAGCGUAUUAAGUAAGAACAAAAUGAAAAUUUGGUCAAGAUGGAACAACAAUACUAAAAGAACUUAGUAAACAUAUACAAAGAAACCAGAUAUGAUUAAUUUGAACCCGAAUUCAAAAAGCAAGGAUAAAUCAAUAUUUGUAAAAUCAAGAAACAGAAAGAGACUUAAGACAAAAUGUUCUCGGAGAUCUUCAAAGUCAAACAUCCCACAUCUGAACACAAUUAAAAACAACAUUAUUUUCGUAGACAAUAUGUUACCCCCACUAAAAAACAUCAAGCUGCCAAAUCAUAAUAAUUCUAAAACAAUAUCUUUCUUUCUUAACCAGAUACUAUUUAAAUUACUCCUCAAACCUCAAUCAUCAAUGAAUUCAAAGUAAGUCCCCUCACUACCUCCGUUGGAACUUACAGUGAUAUCAAGUCUCCUCUGAAUUCUUAUAGGAAAAAUGAUUUCAGUUUAAAGUUGAAAACCAUUAUGGACAAAUGUGACAUCAUUGAAGUCGAAUAAGCCAAACAUAAUGAAAUCAUUAAGAAAAAAAUGAAUAAGAUGGGAAAAGAGAUGUAUCAUCAUUUCGAAACUGCCAGAAACAGAUACCAAAAUCAAGAAAUGGAAAUUGAUGUCAAUGAAGGUUUUGAACGCUUCUUAUAAGAAAAUCAAUUUAAAAGGAAAUUGAUACAAUAUCAGGUGAAUUAAGUUCAAAAUCUCCAUGAAGUUCUAAGUUAAAGGGCUAAAAGAGAAAUGACCAAUAAUUUUAUGGGUACAGAUUUAGACAAAAGACAAUUAAUUUGA